AUGUCCCAAACCGAGAACAUCCACGUGAUUUCCAAAAAAGAUAACAGCCAACAUGCCGUUGUCAGUAUUGAUAAUCCCUCUUCCGGUACAAGGCAACUGCCGCCUUCGUCGGUUCGCGUGCGACCGCUUAUACUCAGUUUGAGUUCUAAUAAUCUUUCCUAUGCGCGUGCGGGGGAGUUACUUCAUUGGUGGGAUACAUACCCGGUCCCCAGUGAAGCACCCGCUCCAUACAACGACCAAUCGGCGUGGGGGAUCGUCCCGGCAUGGGGGUAUGCCACGGUCCUCGAAAGCACGACUGAUAUCGCACCGGGAUCGACACUCUGGGGAUUCUGGCCGACCUCAGGACUCCCGACGGAGCUAACGCUGAUCCCGGGCCAGCCGCGCGGGCAUUGGACUGAGGUGAGCGAGCACCGGAAACAUCUCAUGACGUACUACAACCGAUACGAAGUGGUGAGUGAAGAUGACCGGGACACUAUGGCUUGGACGGCAGCUAUUCGUGCGAUUUGGGGCGCCGGCUAUCUGCUCAGUGAGUAUGUCUUUUCGUCUACAGGAACGCCUGUUCAUCCUUACGGCGGUGCGGCUGGGUUGAGCUGGACUACUGAGGAUGCGGACUUGUCGUCUGCGGUUGUUGUUAAUUUGGCUGCGUCGACUAAGACGGCGCGUUCCUUUACGUAUAAUCUUUUGUGCCGGCCCGCUGGGUCGGGGCCGUUGGGUGUCUUGCAGAUUACUUCUUCGCCUGAGGCUUUGGAGAGGGCUGCUGAGUUGCAGAUUGCGAAGCGUCAGACGCCCGCUGGGCCGGUGAAGGCUCUGGCGUAUUCGGAUGUGGAUCGGGCAGUGCCUUGGUUGGUUGGUCUUAAGCCGGCGAAGUUGGUGAUUAUUGAUUAUGGUGCUCGGGAUAAUGUACUCGUGCGACUUCGUGAACUGGUGCAGAGCAAUGAGGCGCUUAAGGACUGCAAGGUUGUUAUAAUCCAAGUUGGAAGCCAGCAGAAGGUGUAUACCGAGGAGGAGGUGCGCGAAGCCUACGCAUCUAUGAAAGCGCUCGGGAAGAUCCAAUCCAAUGCUUCUACUACCCGGGAUACGGCCAUUGAGCUUGACGGCCCCGAGGCAUUUUUCGAUAGAAUGGAUCUGCGGUGGAAGCAAUGGCUUGAUGACCGCGCGGCCACGGUCCCUGACAUGCGUCUGGUCUGGGGUAAAGGGGUCGCAGGCACCGAGGGGAUGUAUGGGGGAUGGGAGCGGCUGACGAAGGGGGAUGUGCGUCCAGAGGAGGCGUUGGUGUAUAUGGUCUAG